AUGACCGAGAAUGUCACGCUCCCAUUGCAAGGUAUAGGUGCCACAAAUCGUCGCACGGUCGACUUCCACCCCGAAAGCACGGUCAAAGUUCUCCCUACUAAGGGCGUGAAUGGGAACUGUGUCGACGAUAGCUCCGACAGCGCCUCCGUCUCCUCAGAAACACAAGCGAUCGCGCGGCCGAGAAUGACUCGCAAGGCCUCUUCGCCAAUGGCGCCCACCUUUAUGGUGUCGGCGCCGGGCAAAGUCAUCGUUUUUGGCGAGCAUGCGGUUGUCCACGGCAAGGCUGCCAUGGCCGCAGCCAUCUCUCUCCGCUCCUACCUUCUUGUCACCACCCUCUCCAAAUCACAGCGCACGAUAACAUUGAACUUCCGGGACCUAGGUCUUAGUCACACUUGGGAUAUUGACACCCUACCCUGGGACAAGUUCCACGAGCCCACAAAAAAGAAGUUUUACUACAGCCUUGUCACGGAACUCGACCCAGAACUUGUCGAGGCAAUCCAACCACACCUCCAGGGCGUCUCCAAGGGUCUACCAGAGGAGCAGCGCAACAUUCAUAUCCGCUCCGCAUCCUCUAGUGCCAGUGUCUGCGUUUGUCUCAGUUCUGCGCUGCUUCUUCAAAUCCGUACCCUUUCGGGGCCCCACCCAGACCAGCCACCGGAGGAGGCGGAGACACAAAUCGAGCGCAUCAACCGCUGGGCAUUCGUUGGAGAGCUCUGUAUCCAUGGCAAUCCUAGUGGGGUGGACAACACGGUGUCCGCAGGCGGUAAGGCUGUGAUUUUCCGGCGCGACGAUUAUUCGAAGCCUCCAACCGUUAUUUCACUACCGAAUUUCCCCGAACUCCCUCUUCUACUCGUCAACACCCAACAAGCGCGUUCCACAAAGACAGAAGUUAGCAAAGUCGGAGCCCUAAGAGACGCCCAUCCUAUCGUGACGGAGUCAAUACUUAACGGCAUCGACCACGUGACAUGUUCUGCACAACGUCUAAUCGAGGACCCCAGCUUCGAGGGCAUCUGCGAGACCACCCUCGCCCACUUUGGAACCCUGAUCCGUAUCAACCACGGCUUCCUUGUCUCCCCUAGGCGUCUCUCACCCCCGUCUCGAACGCAUUCGCGGUGGUGGGUGUGCGAUUACCUCCUCCGGCCUAACGCGAAAGCGGAAGUCAAACAGGACCUCGAACAGAAGUUCGAUAAGGAGGGUUUCGCUACUUACGAGGUUAUCCUUGGCGGUGACGGUGUUGGUGUCCUCUACCCGGCCGUCUUGCGUAAUGGCUCAGAUGAAGAGGGUGGCGAGGAAAUCGAUCAGCAGAAGUUCGAAAAUGCCGAGGGCCCUGAAGGCAUUGAACGUCUUGUUGGUGUAGGAGUGGAGGAGAAGAGAGGGGCUGGAAGUUCUGGAAGCGAGCUAUCAAUUAAGCCGCUUGUCUUGGCCUCAGUUCCUCCCGACAUGCAUGUGACUUGA